AACCACUUUUUCAUCAUCUUAGAAGGUAAUGGAGCCAUCUUCACCUUACAAAACAGCUGCAACACUACAAUCUGGCCUGGGAUCCUCGCCGGAUCUGGCCCCCCACAACUCAUGAACGGCGGCCUCCAACUAAACCCCGGGGACUCAGUCCCCAUCGCGGCUCCAUCAGGCUGGUCGGGCCGAUUUUGGGGCCGCACCGGUUGUUUAUUCGAUAAAUCAGGUAAAGGCACUUGUGUCACGGGUGACUGUGGCGGUGCCUUCCAGUGCGCAGGCACUGGAGGUACACCGCCCGCCACGUUGGUGGAGUUGACCCUAGAUACUCCGUUGGAUUUUUACGACGUGAGUUUAGUAGAUGGUUAUAAUAUUCCUAUAUCCAUAACACCGUUGAACUCGGUGGUUGGUUGCAAGAGAGUUGAGUGUCUAAACGAUUUGAAUAAGAAUUGUCCGAGAGGAUUGGAAGUGGUCGAGGAUGGUCGAGUUGUGGCAUGUAAAAGCGCUUGCCUUGCUUUCAAUCAGCCGGAGUAUUGUUGUACGGGUGUGUAUAAUGUUCCUAGUACGUGCAAGCCAAGUAACUACUCGAGGAUUUUUAAGUCUUAUUGUCCUUCGGCCUAUAGCUAUGCUUAUGAUGAUGCUUCAAGCAUCUUCACUUGUAGUACCGGUGCUAACUAUUUGAUCUCGUUUUGUUGAUGUGUUUUUAUCCUUAUUAUAAAUGGAAUGAUACAGUGAUUUACCUUAAUAA